CACACACACACACACACACACAUUUAGAGAGGGGUCAGUCCACUGAGUGUGUGUGUGUGUGUGUGUGUGAUGGGAAGCAUGCGCGCGCUAGUCGUCUCCUCGGUGCUGUUAGCAUUAGCACUGUGCUAUCUGAGAGUUCCUGCUCUUCCCGGAAGUGUAGCGGAACCGGCCAAGCUGCUGGUGUUGGACGCGGUGUUCCGGGCCAUGCUGUGGGCGGCGAAGCUGGUUCAGGAUCUGGGCCUGAGUAAUCAGAUGUGUGUCCUGAACUACAUGGCGUUGUUCAUGGAGCUGCGAGCGCCGCGAUCCAGCGAGUCCGUCCGCGUCACAGACACGUCCUUUUCAGGAGUCCAGGCGCGUGUGUUCGAGUCCACGUCUCCGGGGCCACGGCGUCUCAAACGAGGAGUCGUCUACUUCCACGGGGGAGGCUGGGCUCUGGGCAGUGCACGAAUGCGUUCGUACGACCGCCUGUGCAGGACGAUGUCUGAGGAGCUGGAUGCAGUCGUCAUAUCUGUGGAGUACAGACUCGCCCCUGAGGUGUAUUUCCCAGGUCAGUACGAGGAUGCCAUCCAGGCCUGCAGGAACAUCCUGACGGACGAGGUUCUGGCCAGGUUCUCUGUGGAUCCUGACAGGUUAGCCGUGUCCGGUGACAGCGCCGGCGGGAACCUCGCUGCUGCCGUGGCUCAAGAGCUGGCGUCUGACAGCAGCAUCUCGAUCCGGUUCAAGGUCCAAGCCCUGAUCUAUCCCGUGCUCCAGGCGCUGGACUUCAACACUCCGUCGUACCAGCAGAACGGUGACGUUCCCAUCCUGUACCGCCCGCUUAUGGUGCGCUUCUGGCUCGAGUACCUGAACGGGGACGAAACUCUCAUCCCUGCUCUGCUGGUGAACAACCACACGGCACUGGACCAGAACCUGGACGCGGGUUCGGUCAGGGAGAAGCUCAACUGGACCCGAUUGUUAGCUCCUAAAUUCACCAAACAUUACAAACCCGUGGUUCCUCGACACGGUUCUCCGCAGAUCCUGCAGCAGCUCCCGAGCCUCCUGGACACCCGAGCCGCUCCGUUACUGGCCGAGGCCGAGGUGCUGAAGUUGGUUCCACCCGCCUACAUCGUGACCUGCGAGCACGACGUGCUGCGUGACGACGGCCUGAUGUACGCGCGGCGUCUGGAGGAGGCCGGCGUCCCCGUUACCAGCGACCAUUACGAACAGGGCUUCCACGGAAUCAUGAUGUUCGGAUUUUUUCCCGCCUGUUUCUCCGUCGGGUGGCAGAGUCUCAGGAACUACAUCCAGUGGCUUCAGCACAACCUGUAACUCUUAUUUUAGCUAUUUUAGUCCUGGUGAAGGUCCAGCGGCCCAGACUCUUAAAUACCUCAUGUGAUGUCACUGUGUGAAUGCGAAAUGUUUCUU